AUGUCAGACAUGAAUAAUUCUUAUUCUAACAGAUUCUAACAUGUGUAUUGAAUAUGAAAUUAAAUUAAGGCCUGUAAUAAAAAGAUUUGCAAAUAAUCGAUCUAAUUUUUCUUUGCCAUAAUGUGAAAAUAAUAGUGAAGAGGCUUCUUUUGAACCUAAUAUUAGUUCAGACUAAAUACUAGAUUAAAGUAUAGUUGAGAUAAGUAAAUAAAAAAGGGAAACGUAAAUUCCUUAUGAUAGAGAUUUAGAGAACAGUAAGGAACAACUUAUGAAUGUUGGAGAUUAGAAAUGGGGAAAAAAAGGACUAAGGAUAAUGUUCUUUAUGACAAAAUUUGUGAAAUAAAUGAAAAACCACUCAACAUAAGUAAAAUUUAAAUCUUUAAAUGCAAACAUUCUAAAAUUGAUUUCGGAUGCUGCAAGUGAUUCAGAUGUUUUACUGCAAAAAUUGAAUAAAAUAUAAAUUCUUAGUUAAAAUUUAAAAUAGGCGUUGAACCACAUUCCAAUAAUAGAUCCUGAUUCAAAUUUUAAGGUUAUAUGGGAUAUAUUUCUAUUGGUAUAAAUAAUCAUGAACAUUUUUUAUAUCCCUAUGAAAUUGGGAUUUGGUUUUGAAAAUGAAGGAAUAGUGUAAUAAUUUUUUUUUGAAUCACUACCUUCUUGGACAUUCAUUCUAGAUAUAAUAAUAAAUUUCUUUACAGCUUAUUACAGCAAAGGAUAAAUACAUAAAAGCCAUGAGGAUAUAUUUAGAAAUUAUGCCAGUUAUGAAUUGUGGUGGGAUUUAUUAAUAGCUAUUCCAUUCAUAUUAUCAUCAUUUUAAAUAAAAUAUACAGAAUACAUUUUAAUGUUAAGAGUAGCAAAAGUAAAGACUUUGAUAGAUUAAAUAGAAGAAGCAAUAAAUCCUUCAAUAACGAUGUAAACAGUUUUAGAAUUAUUUAAAUCAGUUUUUUUAUUAUUAUUUGUCUCACAUUGUUGUGCCUGUUUAUGGAAUUUAAUAGGACAAAUGUAAUAUGAUGAAGGGAAGUAUUCUUGGUUAGAUUCAAAAAACAUAAUUAAUGCUGAUUGGGAAUCUAGAUAUAUCCAUUCACUUUAUUUUAGUACGAUAACAACAUUAACAGUGGGAUAUGGAGAUAUCGUACCAUAGAGUGAUUUAGAGAGAAUAUUUGUAAUAUUAAUGGCAAUGGUUAUUUGUGGUUUAUUUGGAUACACUAUAUCUAGUAUUGGAAAUAUCUUAAGAUAAUUAACAGAAAAAGAAUAAAUUUACAAGUAGAAGAUGAUGUAGUUAAAUAAUUAUGUAAAAAAGAGAUAAUUAAGUAAAUAAUUGAUUUUGUCAGUAAGAAAGUAUUUUGAAUAUUAUUUGAAAAUGCAAGAUGAGAAUAAUUAAUUUGGAGAGAAUAUGAUGAAUGUACUAAAUAAAAAGCUUAAAGAAUAGGUUGCUAUUGAUUUAUAUCAUAAUAUACUUAUGAAUUCAAGACUUAUCAAAAAAACAUUAUCUGAAAGGAGUGUAAAAAAAUUAUGUUCAUAUGUAAGAGAAAAGAGAUUAGCUCCUGAAGAGAUUGUUGAGGCGUAGAAUGAUUUAGCUAACAAACUCUUGUUUUUAUAAAAAGGAUAAAUUAAUCUCAUUUGUGAUUAAGCUAAUAGAGAAACAUAAUUAGCCAUCAUUAAUGCUGGCAAGUUUAUCGGCGAAAAAGAAUUCAUCAUGCAAACACGAUAUGAUUAUUCUAUUAGAACUACUAAAUUUUGUUAAAUUGCUUAUAUAGAAUAUGAUGAUUUUUUAAAGAUCAUUAAAGAAGAUCCAAUAGAAGAAGAAAAUUAUUAAAUGUUAAAAGAUGAAAUGCAAUUUAAUGAAGAAAAGUAAAAUUAUGGAGAAGUUUGUUAUAUAUGUAGGUGGACACACUAAUUCAUGAAAUGUCCUUUUGUUUUCUAUCAUGUCAAUAUUGAAAGACUGAGAAAAAAGUUUAUGAGGAAUGAGGAUAAUUAAAGAUAAAAAUUUAAUAGAAUUAAUAUCGAAAAACUUAGAUAUGAUAAAUAUAUAUUAUAAGAAUCAGCUCUUCAAUAAAUUGUAGAUAACAAUAUCAUACCUUUGGAAGACUUAACAGAUUAAUAUCUUGAUACUCUAGGCUAUAUAAAUAAUAAUAAAAACUAAACUUCCAAUAUGAUAAAAACUUUAAUUAGUAUGAAAACAGUCAAUUCUCCUAGUAGUAAUGAAUCAGAAGAAGAUGAGCAUUAAUAUCCAAUCAAAAAUACUAAGAAUAAUCCUAAUAUUGAAAAAAAAGUAUAGUUUCUUUAAGUUUCACCUGAUGUUGAUUAAAAAGACUUUAGUAAACAAAAAUCAAAAAUAUCACAUAUUAAAGCAAGAAAAAAAACCUUUCUUAAAUUGUCAUAAAUACAAACUCAUCAUGGCACUGUUUCAGCUCUUACUCAAGACUUAACUAAUUUAGGUUAAUCAGCAUUUUCUACUUAAUUGUUACCUUCCUAAAUAUGUUAACCUUCUUCUUAACUUUAAAUGCAUCGUGCCAGUAUUUCAUCUAAAUCUAAACAAUUAAAAAAAGGUAAUUCUUCGUCAUAUUAAAAUCUUGACCAACAUAUGACAUAAAUGAUUAAAUAAUAAUCUACUACCGAUAUAAGAGCCUUUUCGUUGUAGAAAAUUCAAGAAGAAAGUAUUAGCAAAGUUGAAGAGAUGACUUAUAAAUCUAGAUAAAGAAUAGAUUUUGAUAUAGAUUAAUGCUUUAAUACUUAAUAUUAUUUUACUUAAUUCAAUUUAGAUGUUGUUUUAAUGAAAGUUAAGAAACCUAAAAGAACAUAAAGACAUGCUGUUUAACUUUUAAGUGUAAUUGAAAAAUCAAAAUAUAGACAAUAAUAACGUUCAUGA